GUCGCUCCACGCCACCACCGCCACCAGGCCGCGCACAUGCGCAGCACCCCGCAAAUACACGCCGACCGGCUGGCCGAUCGGCGAAAACCCACGGCGAAAUUGGGCGAGACGUGCGGUGCUGGGAGACGGACGGGCCUUCCGCUCCUAUCCAUCCAUCCAUCCAUCCAUCACUCCUCGUCCCGUCGCCUCCCGGCCGGCGCCUUUCACAUGCUGCUUUCCUCUCCUGCCCGCGAAACAGAAAUUAGGCCUCGCCCAGCUGUACACGCCCGCGAAAAGGAGAGAGCGCGCCGGGACUUAACCCCGCGACUCACCCGCCCCCCGGCCGGACGGGCAAACACACGUACAUACCUCGGCACCGCAGGUCUCAUCUUUUCCUUCCGCUGGAGAUCGACAUGGGAGCCGAGCAGCAGCACCAGGCCGCCGGGGACAGCAGGUUCGCCGCGGCGUUCGGCCUGCUGCGCCAGUACAUGAGGGAGCAGCCUGGCGUGGUCACCGUGGGCCUCUCGCCGGGCGUCGAGGCGGUGGCGCCCGAGCAGCGGAUCCGGACCAUGGAGCUCUUCCCCCAGCAGGCCGGCACGGUCAGGGGCUCGCACGAGAGGACGGGGCCUGAGAGAGCGCCGCUCACCAUCUUCUACGGCGGGAGGACGUUCGUGUUCGACGACUUCCCCGCCGAGAAGGCCAGGGAGCUCAUGCAGCUCGCCGGCUCCUUCUGCGCGCCGCCGCCCGCCCCCGACGCCGAGCCCGCCUGCCAGAAAGCGCCGGGGCAGCCUUGCUUGUCAGACCUGCCGGUCGCGAGGAAGGCGUCGCUCCACAGGUUCCUGGCGAAGAGGAAGAGCAGGCUCACCGCGGCAGAUCCGUACCCGGCGCCGUUAGCGGCGCCGGGGGCCGGGGCGGCCAAGGAGACGGCCGGCAAGGCUGCGCCGGAGGACGGCGGCGCGCCGUGGCUCGGCGUCAACCCCGCGCUCCAGCUCAACUGAAGGAUUUGAUGAGCCGGGGAGAGGAAUAAAUCACUGCCUCACUGCUUCUCCACGUAGUACUACUAGUACUAUGUACUGCUACGUGGAUCCUUGAUUGUUGCCGUUUUUAUCUUACGCCCGUUAAUUGGCUGCGUCAGGGCUAUCAACUGCAUGGCGCUGGCUAAAUAUAUAUAGCACGUAUGUUCUUCAUCUGUUUGAGAAUUCUUUGGUGUCGAAUAAAAGAAUUCUUUCAUGCUGAAUUUGUUACUGUAUGCGAGUAUACUACUAAUUACGUAGCUUAGAUUUGUAUAAGCUGUAUUAAAUGUAGUGAUGGUGCGCAAUAUUGUUACUUUUACUGGUUA